AUGGCUACAAGGCGACGCAAUGGUUUGCUCUCCUCGUGCGAGCCUUGCCGACAGUCCAAACUCCGCUGUGAUCACUUGAUUCCAGUAUGCGGACGAUGCAUCGAGACACAGAAAUCCCACAAGUGCUUCUACCACCCCGCACCGUUAACCCGACCUAAAAAAACAGAGGGAUCAGCUUCGGCCCAAUCAGGGAAUGGGAAGAGGGGACAAGCCGUUUUGAAAGAGAAGGCCAAACGGACAACCAAUUUGCUGCAGUUGUAUCGAGUUUCUGUACUGGAGGCUCCGAGCCCGGCCAGAGAGCAUGAGGAAGACUGUAGUGCUUCGACCAAUCGCAGUCGACAUGGUAGAGUUCCUGUCUCUAUCACCGGCUACCUUGGGGCUUCUAGCUGCUUAGCAGCAUUUGAAGAGCCCGACCAAAGCUAUUUCUCCGAUGCCAAUUCCUGUAUGGAACCGGAUGUUCCUUCUGUGUUACCAGAUCAAAUUAGAGCUGGGGCUAGGAUCUUAGGUUUGCUAGAAGAUUUACCCCUGUAUGACGUCUUGUUGAAUUAUCGAUAUUCGACGUGUAGGCCUUGGGUAUUUGGCCAAAGAUUAUCGACCGAGAUAAUCGGAUCGCUCUACGCCUUGCGUGAGGAGAUUUUUCACUCUACAAACCAGACCAAGUCUUUGAAGAAAAGACUGUUUACUUUUUCUCGAAGAUUGUUUCGUAACAUCUCAGAGCCUAUCAAGACAGAUAGAAUUACGAUGCCAUCUCAAUACUUUUCUUCAAUUGCUAUGAGAUGGGAAACUAUUGGACUGAUGUUUGCAUGGGUGGCUCUUUCAAUGACCAUAAUUCCUGAUAAUCAUGAAAAAUUGCGAAUUGAUAACGAUGGACGAAUGGUGGUUGCGAAAUACGAACUGAGAGAUCUUGCAGUUGAAGUAGUUGAAACUUGCCUGAGUUUCUGUGAUGACGCCGGUACCAUGUCUGAUCCGUUGACAUGGCUACUGCUCCAGCACACGAUAUUACUUUCUGAUAUUUAUGGCGAGACCGAUUUCAAGCCAUGGCGGAAACUAGGCGACUUGUCAAACAUUAUUUUUGCUCUAGGCUUGCACCAGCCUGAAAAUCGCGAUGUCUCCAGCAUCCCAUUUUUUCUAUCCGAGCUCCGCAAACGUAUCAUGGUUGCUGCAUAUUCAUUGGAUAAACAGCUUGCGACACUUCUGGGUCGACCUCCACGGAUAGCAUGGCAAUAUUGUAGUAUACAGUAUCCUCUCGAUCUCUCUUACGAUGAGUUGUUUGCCGCUUCACUAAGUAAAGAGCAAGAAAAACAAAUUCUAAGUGGCCUUGGUCCCGAUGGCUGGAACAUCAAAGGACGGAUUACCUCGGGUUCUCGGGGUAGAUUUCAUCUUAUGAUUUCAAAGAUACGGGAAAAGGUACUCGCGGUAUCGCUAUCUCCGCAUUCAGAUGAUGGUGCUCAAAAAUUACUGGAAACAUGGAUUGAACAUGAGCAGAUGUGCUCGAGUCUUCCGCCAGCUCUAACUAUUCAAAAGUUCCUGUUUGAAGAAAACAUUCUAAUAGAUAUUGAUACAAAUAUGGAGUCGCUAGCCAACUUGCAGCUUGAAUUUCUCAACAAUGACUUGAUGAUCAAUCGGCAACUCGUUAAACAAGCUGGCAGUAAUGGAAACAGAGCAGCUCUUGUGAAAGUUGCAAGAGAAAUGUUAAGUAAAUUGUUAAUCGUUAUUUCUCAUGCUACCUCUGAGCGCGGGUACUCCAACUCGAUAUGGAAUCUUCGUUACCUUGGUCUGCCAUGCGCUGGUGUUCUUGCAUUAGAACUCCUUCAACCGUCGAAGACAUACGCACUGGACGAAGAACCGUUCCCUCGUUCCGAAAUCCUAGAAAAUCUAAGAACAUUUGCCUCCCAUCUGGAGAAGUCCCUUGUUAUCAAAGACAGGAAACACCUGAUUACUCGGAGAGGACUAAGCGCCAUCCGUAAUGUCCUCAAUCGUGCCCUAUCUCCUGUCGAAGGUCCUUCAACUCUGUUACAUGCCCAUCCAGUCGAUCAAGGUGUGACAAUGGAAGCAAAGACAUCUUUUCUACAGCCGGCUCCCUUCGAUAGUCAUGAUGUUAACUUCAUGAUGGUCGAAUUGGACAGUAUUGACUGGAUUCAAGAGUCAAUCCUCCUAAAUUGCACUUAG